ACCACUAACCAUUAGCAUUAGAGCAGCUCUUUUGUACGUUUUGGCGGGCACUCUUAAAUUAACAACUCACUCUAGUGUAGUUACCGCUUCCUUCUCCGGCGGAUUCAGUAAAAUGGGGGAGCAGGAACAAGAAAGCGUCGAACUUGAAGCCGUAGAAGUCAUGGAAGAACAACCGACGACCGACGAUCAAUCUGACUAUUCCUCUUGGCCGCCGGCGAUUCGUUUUGAUAUUCCUCCUCACAAAACCUACCAUUUUUCCAGACAUUUCAGAGCCUCGUCUAACCCUAAUAACUUCCUCAAGGGCGUUAAAUGGUCGCCGGAUGGUUCCUGCUUUCUGACGAGUUCUGAUGACAAUACUCUUAGUUUAUUCACAUUACCAGAUUAUGACAACUGUAUAGACGAAAAGGCUUGUUCUUCAGCUGCUAUUGAAGAUUCAUUUCCUGCAAGCCUUGCUUUGACUGAGGGAGAAGCCAUAUAUGAUUACUGUUGGUACCCUUACAUGUCUGCUUCAGAUCCAGUCUCUUGUGUGUUUGCAACCACCACUCGGGAUCAUCCUAUUCAUCUUUGGGAUACUAGCACAGGACAGCUACGUUGCACAUAUCGAGCAUAUGAUGCCAUGGAUGAAAUAACUGCUGCCUUCUCAAUCGGUUUCAACCCCUCAGGAACAAAGAUAUUUGCUGGCUACAACAAAUCCAUCAGGAUAUUUGAUAUUCAUCGCCCUGGUAGAGAUUUCCAACAACAUUCAACCAUCCAAGGAAACAAGGAAGGACAAGCAGGUAUCAUAUCAUCAAUUGCCUUUUCUCCAAGUCAUACAGGGAUGCUUGCUACAGGGUCUUAUAGUCAAACUACAGCAAUACAUAGGGAAGAUAAUAUGGAACUCUUAUAUGUCCUACAUGGUCAAGAAGGUGGGGUUACACAUGUUCAAUUCUCCAAAGAUGGGAACUAUCUUUACACCGGGGGACGAAAGGAUCCAUAUAUACUUUGUUGGGAUAUACGCAAUACAGUUGAAAUUGUAUACAAGUUAUAUAGAUCAUCAGAGUCCACCAAUCAACGGAUACAGUUUGACACAGAGCCAUACGGUCGAUAUCUUGGUACUGGUGGACAGGAUGGUUUGGUACAUAUGUAUGAUCUUCAAACGGGUCAAUGGGUAUCCAGCUUUCAAGCUGCAUCAGACACUGUUAGUGGUUUUUCUUUCCAUCCGUUUUUGCCAAUGGCUGCCACGUCAUCAGGGCACCGUAGAUUUGUAGGCCUUGAUGAGUCUGAUGAAGAGUUGAGUUUGACUUUACGAGAUGACGAGAAUUGUGCUUCAGUUUGGGGUUUCUCAGUUUAUUCAGCUGAGGAUUAUGCUGCAAACGCGAAUCUUGGAGACUCAAAUGGUCAACUUGAUCAAGAAAACUCAUAAUGUGGGUCCCAAUUUGACACCCCCUAAAUCGAGAGCAAGUUCUUGUCUCGUCUUUUUGGAUUGGAUCAAAUAGUUAUAAUUAUUUUUCCAUUGACAUCAUCGAAUCUAUCUGGUACAAUAUCGUACAACCUGUUGUGUUGUGUCUUGUUUGGUGUAACAAACUGGCCUAAUUAGAAAAGAUGGUCUGAUGACUGUCCAGUGUAACGAAAAGAAAUGUCUAUUGAAUAUGGACCGACAUCAUUUAUAUUAUUCUAUUGUUUGUUUAAUUUUGAGGGUUUUGAUAAUUUGGUAAAUUCUGAAUUACAUGCGACACUUCUAGUAUGAUAUUUGGAUUUUUAGAAAAGGGAUAAUGACUUAAAAGGGUAAUGUAUUUUUUGAUUUGUACACAUUUAGUCACUGACUUUUAUUUUCGUCUACAUGAGAUAGCCAUAUGGUGGUGGGAUAGGUUGAGGUGGUCCUGCUAUAUGUUGUAGGCCAAGAUACCAAGUGCGGGCCGGCUGUAAAGUGUAGGCACGGAGGCUCGAGAAGAGUGGUUGGGUUAAAGCGCCAUGCUGACAAACCCUGGGUAUUCCAGUCUGAUGACUAAUUGGACCUGUUGUAUGUUGGCUGUAACAGCCCGAAAUCUCAGUCGACUGAGAAGAACCCUAAACGGCUGUGGGCAUCUAGAGCAAGAUUGAAGGAUAUUAGGGCCUUGAAGAAAUUGUUGUGCAAGGAGGAGAAGAGUUUUGGCUAAAGGAACAGCAAGGGAUUCGAGUUCUGCGGUUUGGGGACACAGAGAGUGCGUUAUUCAGGAAGUCUGUAGCUCGGCGGAUCGAGUGCGAGUGAUUUCAGGAGUCGCUAGCUUUCAUUACCCGCGAGGCGAUAUGUUAUGGGCCGGAAGGCAAAAUGUUGUGUGAUGGACCGGAAGGUCGGCGUGGGUAGGACCGGAAGGUUUACUCAGCAGGGACGGAAGUCCCCUGAGACACAUGGACCGGAAGGUCAGGGCCUGGAAAGGCGUAUAUGCGUAAGUUGUAUAUUGGGGAACUCACUAAGCAUUUAUGCUUACAGUUGUUAUGUAUGUGUUUCAGGUACUAGCGAGGACCGUGGGAAGGCGCCGGCGUGAUCGAUACACACUGAAGGAUGUUUUUAUGAUCUUGGGAUUUAGAUAGUUUGUAUUUGACAUGACACUUAAAUUAUUUGCCUUGUUUUGAAUGGAAAUACUAUUUUUUUUUAAAUGAAAAAUUUGUUUGAAAA